AUGACAAAACCCGAUUUACAGCAUGACAUGGGUCAAUUACUGAUGUGUGGCUUUGAUGGUUUGGAAGCGACAGAGGGCAUUCUGGACCUGAUUCGUCAUCACAACCUAGGCUCCAUCAUCUUCUUUUCUCGCAACAUUGAGUCUCCUGAACAAGUACAGCGUUUAACUCAUACACUGCAAAAAGCCGCCAAAGAAGCAGGUCAUGCUCGCCCUCUGUUGAUUGCUGUGGAUCAAGAAAACGGCGUUGUGCGUCGCUUGGGAUCGAGUGGUACGUACCUGCCUGGAAGCAUGGCCUUGGGCGCUAUCGACUCUACAAGUGCAGCCUAUCAAGUCGCGACCGCGACUGCCAAAGAGUUGCUUGCAUUGGGUAUCAAUUGGAAUCUGGCACCUUCCAUGGAUGUGAAUAACAACGCUUUGAAUCCUGUUAUUGGCGUUCGUUCGUUUGGUGAGAAUCCACAUUUGGUAGCCAAGUUGGGCUUGGCUGAGAUAGAGGCCUAUCAUCGACAUCACGUCGCAACUAGUAUCAAACACUUUCCAGGCCAUGGUGACACGGCUACGGAUUCACAUCUUGGUGUACCUGUGAUUGAUAAAAGCUUGCAUGAAUUGGAACAAACGGAACUUGUUCCUUUUACGCACUGCAUUGACGCUCAGAGCGACGCUCAUCCCACAUCGGUCAUGAUUGGCCACAUCGCUCUGCCUCAAAUCAUUGCGGAAGAGAAUCGUCCUGCUUGUAUCGCAUCGGAAAUUGCCACCGAUUUGCUACGAACGAAGCUCGGCUAUCAAGGUAUUAUCAUUACAGAUUGUUUGGAAAUGGAUGCUAUCAAGGAUACAGUCGGAUCUGCUCGUGGUGCAGUGAUGGCUCUGCAAGCAGGGAACGACAUUAGCAUGCUCUCCCAUACACUCAGCUUCCAACAAGACGCUUUCAAAUUGCUGGGCGAAGCUAUUCAGGAAGGGACGCUGAACGAGGAUGCUUUGAGUGCUUCUUUGAGUCGAGUAGCCGCUCUCAAGGAUCGCUUUCUUAGUUGGGAUGAAGCUCUUAAAAAGCAAGAUUUGACUGACGUUGGAUGCAAAGCACAUUUGGAACUGAGCGAGCGUCUUUACAACAAGGUGCCUACUGUGGUGCGUGAUCAGCAGCAGUUGCUCCCCAUCAAGCCAUCUCAGGACGACAAGAUUUUGUUCUUGGCUGCUGAUGUGCCUCUAACGCUUGCCAUUGACUCGGAAACAGAGCCCUUCAACUCAAUGUACGACUCGUUAUAUCGUCGCCACAGCAAUACCGAAUACAUCAUCUUUAAGCAAAAUACACCAGACUUGACAGAUGCUAUCAAAUCUGCCACUAUUGUGAUUGUUGGCACAGCAAACGGCAACUUGCACCCUUUCCAAGCUGAUUUGGUUAAAUUGGCUUCAUUGCACGCAAAGAAAUUAAUUGUGAUUGCAGUAAUUAACCCUUACGAUUUGAUGGCUUUCCCCUCCAUCAGCACCUAUUUAGUCACUUAUGAGUACACUCCUCCUGCUCAUGAAGCUGCUGUUCGCUUGAUCUUUGGUGAAAUCCCUCAGUCCAAUCAUCUUCCUAUCACCAUCCCAAAUACAGACGCACAUGCUGCUCAAGAACAUUGGACGAUCGUCCCUUACACGGAUCAAGAUACCAAACAAGCGCAUCGUCUCUGGAGUAGCAUCUACAACAAGUCGUGGCCUCUCUCUUUGGAAAAAUUCUCUCUUGUUCUCUCUCGCCUACAAAAGCCACGCCAUUUUUGCGUUUACAGCCAAGAUGUACUAGUGGGAUUUGCAGCAACACAGACCAUUGAAAAGACAGGCCAACUCGCUCUGUUGAUUGUUCAUCCUGACUACCAACGCCAAGGCAUUGGAACCAGACUCAAUGAUCACUGCUUGGAUAUGUUCCGGGAGGAGGGCGCCACACGAGUCAUGCUUGGAUCUAGCUAUCCACGUUUCUUUUGUGGUGUCCCAGACAAUGAUAUAUUAGGCCAACAAGCUCAAGGUUUUUUCAGUCGGCGCGGGUAUACACUGACUCAGCAUGUUUGGGACCUGAUGGGCGAUAUCAGGAACUACACCAUCCCGGCUGCAUUAACGGCUCGAAUGGAAAAGGAAGGCAUUUGGUUUGGCACCAUUGAUCCCACUGAAAUAGGAGACUUGAUAGCAUUUCAAAAGCGCUACUUUGAAUACUGGGUAUCCACAUAUGAACACCAUGCUCAUCUAGGCGAUUAUCAAGACUUGGUGGUGGCACGAGAAGGAGAUAAGGAUGGCAACAUUGUAGGAAGCUUGAUUUUGUUUACUACUGAAGGCUCUCACGAGUACCGUACAGAUUUGAUUUGGACAGAUGAUAGCUUGUUUACAAAAAAGAGUGGCGGAAUGGCAUGUGUUGGCGUCGCUACAGAGGAGAGAGGAAGAGGCAUUGGCAUUGGAUUGGUCUCUUAUGCUAAUCAGACGCUCAAGGAACGCGGAGUGGAUGUAUCCUAUGUAGACUGGGUUGAACUAAUUGAUUUCUACAGUCGCACUGGAUACCAGAAAUGGAGAAGCUACAGACUUGGAGCAAUGAAAUAA